AUGAACCCCUCAACGGAUGUGGGCAAGCGGGACCUACCAACGGGGCUGCGUAAUCGUUUCACGGAGAUACGCGUGUCAGAACUUGAUCCGGUGAUGUCAACAGUUGAUCGAGAGGACUUGGCACUGUUGGUGCGCACCUACCUCCUUGCUCUUGGGCCCUCAGCUGCUCAGAUCUCGGCUGUCGUCCAGCUCUACGUCGCUCUCAAAAAAUCCGCUGCUGACGGUCUUGUCGAUGGCGUAGGACAACGGCCUUGUUUCAGUUUGCGGACGCUCUGUCGUGCUUUGACCGAGGCAUCUCGGGGCUAUCAUGGAAGCCUUUUGCGUUCGCUCUAUGAGGUAUGCUUAUCCGUUUGA